AUGUGCCAGAGUCUCAAUGAUGAGGCUUCAUACUGCAAGUGGUGGCUUCCUCGCCCUACUUGUCUUGGUGGCGAUCAACCAUGUGGUGAUCAAACUGUAUGCACCUCCCAGACGUGGCCUCCUGCUCCCACACCUUCUCUCCCAGCGGGUGCGCACCCCUACGAGUCUGCCCCCUGCAACGCCUACUGCGUCGGUCUCAAUGGGCCAACUUCGUACUGUAAGUGGUGGAAGAACGAGCCUGUCUGUCAGGGUGGCGAUCAAUCUUGUGGCCCAUCGGAUUGUCCCACCGGCACUCCUGCUCCCACCGAAGGUCCUCCUGAUGCACAUGUUGGUCCCAGCUCCAACUGCGAUGCUUACUGUACCGCUAUUAAUCCUGACCUUUCUUUUGAUCGCGUGUCGUACUGCAAGUGGUGGCUCCACGUGCCUGUCUGUUACGAUGGUGAUCAGCCUUGUGGUCCGAGCGUCUGCAGCAACUUCGGUGAGACUACAACCCCGACUACAUCGAUCCCAUCUGUGACGCCGACUACCCAGGCUACUACUAUUUCCUCUGCGACAUCUCAGAUUGUCACCACGCAGUCGGCCACUACUUUGACUCCUACAACUCAGGUUGUUACUACUGUGGCUCCUACUACUCAGGCUGUUACCACUGGGGCUCCUACUACUCAGGCUGUUACCACUGUGACUCCUACUACUCAGGCUGUUACCACUGUGACUCCUACUACUCAGGCUGUUACCACUGUGGCUCCUACUACUCAGGCUGUUACCACUGUGGCUCCUACUACUCAGGCUGUUACCACUGUGGCUCCUACUACUCAGGCUGUUACCACUGUGCCUCCUACUACUCAGGCUGUUACCACUGUGGCUCCUACCACACCAGCGGGAACCACUGCGGCUCCCACAACUCAGGCUACUACUACUCCCUCUUCGACCUCUCAGACUGCCACCACCCAAUCGGUAACCACCGUGGCUGCUACAACUCAGGCGGCCACCUCUGUGGUUGCUACAACUCAGGCUGUUACUACUGUGCCUCCUACAACUCAGGUUGUUACCACUGUGGCUCCUACAACUCAGGUUGUUACCACUGUGGCUCCUACUACUCAGGCUGUUACCACUGUGGCUCCUACAACUCAGGCUGUCAACACUGCGACUCCCACCACACAGGCUACUACUAUUCCCUCUUCGACUUCUCAGACUGUCACAACGCAAUCGGCCACCACUGUGCCUCCUACAACUCAGGCCAUUACCACUGUGCCUCCUACAACUCAGGCUGCUACCACUGUGGCUCCUACUACUCAGGCUGUUACCACUGCGACUCCUACCACACAAGUGGGAACCACUGCGGCUCCCACGACUCAGGUUACUACUAUUCCCUCUUCGACCUCUCAGACUGCCACCACCCAAUCGGCUACCACCGUGGCUGCUACAGCUCAGGCGGCCACCACCGUGGCUCCUACAACUCGGGCUGUUACCUCUGUGGCUCCUACAACUCGGGCUGUUACCUCUGUGGCUCCUACAACUCUGGCGGCCACCACUGUGGCUCCUACAACUCAGGCGUCCACCACUGCGGGUCCUACCAUACAAGCGGGAACUACUCUGGCUCUCACGACUCGGGCUAUAACAACGGUUGUUCCUACCACUCAGAGAGCCACUACUGCGGCUACUACUCAAGUGGUAACUACAGAAGCCCAACCCUAG